ACACUUUCAAAGAUGGCUCUCGCUAGUGUGUUGAACGGUGAUUGUGCGGAUUUUUCUUUUGACCAUGGUCAGUCUUUCUCGUUCGGACCCGGACCCGGACUCACCGGCCCGGGUCUGGAGGCCCCGGAGGGAGACAGUCUGAGUUUCUCCGUCAGAAACCCGCUGUGCUCCGGGGAGGACGAUGACGUCGAGAGGAAAAUAGAGUUUCUGCAUGGCACCACCACCUUAGCAUUUAAAUUCCAGCAUGGUGUUAUUGUCGCGGUGGAUUCUCGGGCCACGGCGGGCGCUUACAUCGCAUCACAAACCGUGAAGAAGGUGAUCGAGAUCAACCCGUACUUGCUGGGCACCAUGGCCGGGGGAGCCGCAGACUGUAGCUUCUGGGAACGUCUGCUUGCUCGCCAGUGCCGCAUUUACGAGCUUCGCAACAAGGAGCGCAUCUCGGUGGCAGCCGCCUCCAAGCUGCUGGCAAACAUGGUGUACCAGUACAAGGGCAUGGGACUCAGCAUGGGAACCAUGGUGUGUGGCUGGGACAAGAGAGGCCCAGGGCUGUACUACGUGGACUCAGAGGGAAACCGGGUGUGUGGCGACCUGUUCGCCGUGGGCUCGGGCUCCAUGUACGCCUAUGGCGUGAUCGACAGCGGCCUCCGGCAAGACCUGUCCGUGGAAGAGGCGUGCGAGCUGGGUCGCCGCGCCAUUUACCAGGCCACGUAUCGCGACGCCUACAGCGGAGGGCAGGUCAACCUGUACCACGUCCACAGCGAGGGCUGGACCAGGGUCUCCCAGGAAGACGUGCUCAUGCUGCACCAUCAGUACCAAGAGCAGAAGAAUCAGAAAUAGGAAGGGUUAUAUAAUUCUCGUGUCUACUGUUAAAGAUGUUCUGAAAUGUCAGUAGGGUUAACACAUGAAUAAAACGGUCUCAUCAUGGAUUGAUUUCAACUUGUAUCCCUUCUGCGACCUGUUUUGACUUGUUGCUAGCUCAAAGCUUUAUUUUGUACAUUUUUAAUUCUUUCAGUGAGCUCAUUCCAUGGCUAGUAUGAUUUGAGGGUCUGCUGAGAGGUGGCCGAUGACUCAAACAUGCUUUAAUUCAGUGUGGGUGUAGUGUUGUGCUUGCCCUACAUACAUUUAAUUUGGAUCCUACCCUGGGAAACUACAUCUCUCAAUAAAACCUGUGAUGUUCUUUUUCCAA